AACUUUACCAGAUUUAAAAAUGUCAACACAGAGUAGAGUACUUGCUCUGACCCUUGCUCUGUAUGAGAGAAGGCUGAAGCAGGUAGAGAGAGAGGACGGACUGGUCGUAUGUGGGUUUACGAUUUGGUGGGCGAGGAAACAUCUCGACAGGUCUCUCUAUCCCCACGACCCUGUACGCAGGAUAAGUGGUUGACAAUGGAUGGAUGGAGGUCUCUCUAUAAAAAGAUCUUAAUCCCAAUGAGACGCUUGUUUAAAUAAAGGAAUUAUGUCGAUUUACAUUUAUUCAUUCAGGGGGCAGAGGUUCCACCAUGAUGAGUCGGCGCAGCCAGAAAUCCUCUGCAGAAGAAGGGCACGUGCCUCCUUACAGGAUGUGUUGAGUCCAGCCUCGUACCUGUCUGUGCUUCUUGUGUUCAAUACAGCAGUCACAAGAAAUCGCUGGGCCAGAAAGUUGAUCCUGCCUUCACUUCCUCCUGGUCUCCAUCGUCCCGUUUCAGCAGAGCCUCAACUCCUUCCCAUCAUGUCCCUGUAUCCCUCAACGCUCCUGCUGAGUCUUCACCUCCUCUGCCUGCUGCUGCUCCUUGCUGACUCCUCCACGGUAACUAGAAAGGACCUAGUUUCGCCCGACGCCGUACCCCAGCUCACAACGCAAGCUAACUGCUCCACUGGAUGUGAUGAUGGUGUUGUCGCUGAAAAUGCUCAAGUUAACAGUUCAUCAGACCAACCUGCAGAAGGAAUGCAUUUAUUCACAGCCUCACCAUCCAAUCAGCUUCCAUCAACAGAGACAGUCACAAGGCCUGCCGCCACAAGCUCGCCCACACAGGCUGCUCAUACUGGAUCCAUUAUCAGCACUGGUGCUAUUACAUCCACAACUGCAGAGCCUGUUAGGAAUGUACCCACAGUCCCUGUACUAGUGACUUCUACAACCACAUCUACGACCACGACCACAGCCACACCACCACCACCAUCUACAACCACAACACCAAUGCCUACAACAACAACCAAAACAUCACCGAUAUCAGCAACAACCACAGCGACACCCACAACAACACCCACAACAACACCCACAACAACACCCACAACAACACCCACAACAACACCCACAACAACACCCACAACAACACCUACAACGACACCCACAACGACACCCACAACGACAACCACAACAACAACCACAACAACAACCAUAACAACACCAACACCUACAACAGCAAAAGCAGCACCACACCCUGCAACAACUGUGAAAACGACCACACUUACAAGAGGGAACACUGUUGCCAUCACUACUACCACAGGUACAAAGUCACCUCUACCACCACCAUCAUCAUCUGCUGCCACGCCACAGCCAAAUAUAAGUACUGGGAUGCACCCAAUUCAAACCUUCUCUUUACCCACAAGGCCUGCUACCAUAACUGUUACCGGUACCAUUACUUCCGCCAAUCACAAUGAGCCAGCUGCCUCGGGUACAAGGGUUGCCAUGGUAGAAGUAGCGGGGGCUGCUCUGACCAGGCAGCUGGUGGACACAGCGUCUUUACUGGCUGUCCUGCUCUUUGGGCUUCUCUUCUUCUUGGUCACGGUGGCUGUAUUCGUCACACAGGCCUACGAGAGCUACAGGAGGAAGGACUACACCCAGGUGGACUACCUGAUCAACGGCAUGUAUGCCGACUCUGGGGUGUGAGGGGACAGGGUGGCACAAUUCAUGGAGAUCGUUGUUGGAGUCAGAGACUGUAAAAUGGAAGGUGGGCUGGAUGGUAGAACGGUGGUGCUGUGAAUUCACAGGGUGAAGGUCAGUUUAGUUAAUUUCUACUUGUACCUGAACUAACAGUGAGCAGUUCUCACCGACCAGACUCUGUUCUGAUCUGUUUCUAUCAUAACAGUCCCACUUAAUGCUUUGGGCUUCCAUGCUUCUCCUCCUUUGAUGGUUUGAAUGUGAAGUUUGCCUUGUCCCAUUUUUGCCAAAUGUUGAGCAAUAUAAAUGGAGAUUUCCUGGAUGUAACUCCAAUUCUUUGGUCCUCUAACAGGUUGGCUAUUGGCCCAUAAUUUCCCCCACAUUGCUGGUCAGUCCAGUUGUAGUUGGUUUUAGGGUGGCUGGACCAAUCAUCAUGCUUCCAAGGUGACAAAUCUCAACAGAUGCUCUUGUCAGUUGAGGUUUCAUUUCCAGGAGAGCUGUUUUGUUUGUUAGACUGAAAAAAGACAUGUUUUUUGGGGUCGUCUUUUUUUUUUUUUUAUAUUCUCUGGCUGUCUGUUACUGUCCCUUAUCAGAUGAACUUAGUCACAUAGAAGUCUAGUGGUCAUUAAGGACUAGGACUGUAAGUUUUUCAAAAAGUCACCACAUAAGUUGAUUUGUAUGCAACCAUAUAGCGUAAGACAUUUCCCCUAUGUUCAAAUAAAUGUUCAAAUUUUGAGUAAAAAGGAAGAGCCCUUUUAAGGACCAAAGCAUAUUUGUGAAUAGUAUGACCCAGAUGUGACUUUCAGUUUUUAGUAAAUAACAAAAUACUUAUUCCACUAAACAUGUAAAUGCAUGUAAAUGCAUGUAAAUGCAGUAAAUUCAUUAUAAAUGUCUUAGUCAACUUAGACCCUAAUGUCCAAUUAGUUGACUGUUUGACUAACAAGGAACAGCUCUUAUAUUAGAACGUCUAAAACACAUCACAUCACAUUGGAAAUGAACCAAGAUGUGUAUAAUGAAACAUUCCCACAUAUGUGGGGAAGAAGCACAUCAAUAGGGAUGAGUGAUAAUUGAGUAUGAUGAGUAUGAUCAUUUAUCAACUCUCAGCCAUACGAGUAUAUGAUCGUUUGUGUUAUAGUUUUUCAAAAUGGUUUGUCCAAAUUUAAUUAAAAACUAACAAAUAGUCUUCCUUAA